AUGGAUUCUCCCAAUCCUUCAUUACCUCCCCUAUCAAGGCCCAGGCGUAGUAAUGUUGCUUCAAAUUCUAAUAUCGUCCGAAGGAGCUUCCAUCAAUCUCAGAGAGAGGACAAUCAAAUGCGUCGUAUGAGUUCCUGGGCUGUCUUUGGCGCGGUGAUGGAUCAAGAAGAUUUCUGUCGUAGUAUGUCAGAAGAGUCUCGGCCACCAUCUGCGAUGCGAGGUAGGACGUCCACCAGAACACAUAGUAAUCGCCCAUUAUCUCAAUUUACUUCACCUGGCCACCCAAUCCAAGAAGAACCAACCACUUUUCUCAGUUUCGAAUAUCCGCAAUCUGUGCAUUCUCGUACAACGGCUUCUUCAAUCUCACCAGCCGGACGGCGUCAGACAAGUAGCCUAUCUGGGAAGUUAUCCAACCUCUGGCUAUAUCUACUAGCUGUAGCCUCUUCAUCGAAGGAACUGCUCCCGACCAGCUUCCGAUCAAACUUUCGCAAUAUCUUGAAGUGCUCGAUUGCCUACCUCAUUGCUUCGCUCUUCUCGUUUUACGACCCGCUCUCAGAUCUUCUAGUCCGUCCGUUUGGUCUCGAUGGACCCUUUUCAGGUGCACAUGUUGUGGCUACGAUUGUCACUCAUUACCGACCAGCUGCCACUGUUGGUGCCAUGAUGCAGGCAAAUCAUUAUGCCCUGUGGGGUCUUAUCUGGCUCGCGGUCAUGAUUGUAGGCUCUACAAUGACGGCUGUACUUAUUCACAGCCGCAUUGUUUCACAUGCCAUAGUCUUACUUGUCUUUGUGGGCUUUGGAUUUGGUACGAUGAAUUGGGUCAAGCAAAAAUCACCAGGAUUCGCGUCAACAUGCAGCAUAAUUGGCGUAAUUUCCUCGGUCAUCAUCACUCGUGAAGGAUCCAUCCAUUACGGCUAUAUCGACUUCGAGAAAAGUUUGAUUUAUUCGGAGAUAAUUGUAAUUGGAAUGUUCAUCAGUAAUUUAGUGUGUCUUGGCUUUUGGCGAGGAAGCGCGACCACUCGUCUUCAAAAGGAUAUCGACAAAACUUUGGAUUCUUUCUCAACACUCCUCGGAAUGCUCACCAAAACCUUCCUAUUAGAUGAGUCAAUAUAUACCGAUCAGGAGUCAUUGAUGGAAUCAAUCGACCGACAUCACGCAUCAUUCACUUCACUCAAAUCAUCACUUGACGCUGCGUCUUACGAAUUUUUUGAACCACGCAUACAAAAGUCUCAAGCAAGCUAUCAAGAGUUGGUUGCUUCGAUGAAUCGUCUCGCUCAGCAUUUGACGGGCUUGAGAAGUGGCUGUGGGCUGCAAUACGAACUCAUGGAAGCUGCAAGGCAUCAGCCACACGCUAAUCGUGACACUGAUACUCAAAGUCUCUUGUCUAACAUCAGCAAUCAGGAACCUUUGGGACCCGUCAAGGAAGUAUUCACUGCAUUUUGUGAGACUGUAGGGCCAAGUCUCAAAACGCUCAUGGCCUCCGGUACAGCUUGUUUCCAUGAAAUCAAAAGCUCUGGACACAAGAAAAAACCUGCACAUUCGUCUGCCAACCCCAUCGACAUCGAACCCGGUGAAAGCAUCGACGCAUUAAUGCAUAUGCGCUCUCAGUUGCAACAAGUUUUAGAAACAUUCCAAGACGUUCAUUCGAGUGCCAUGAAACGACUAUUUGAAAACUUUGCAAUGUCUACUCGUGCAAACUCAACAGCCCAUCCAUAUGACCAAAGCGACCCCUUUGCAGACGUAGUUGGAACGCUAGAGCCGAAUCGCAACGAAGAGAUCUUCCUGAUGUAUUUCUUUUUGUUCAAUAUGGAAGAGUUCAUGAGAGAAUUGUGUCAUUUACUGGAGAUCUUUGCUGACAUUCGUGCCGAUGAGGAGGCAUUGGAAUACGAGACGCGUAAAUGGUGGCGACAGCUGUACCAACGACUCGACCUGAGCAAUUUAUUCCGUGUUCAGCCUGGCACCACAUCCGAGACUGGACCCAAGCCUCGAGCGCGCCAAAUGAGGCCUAAACUUACUGCGGUUUUGCCACAGGACCCUAAGAAGUUGCGACCAUUCCCCGCGACAUAUUCAGGCAAACAGGCGGGGGAGCAAAACCGCGCACUUCCUAAUUCUUCCUUUGAUCGAAUCAAGCGGGUCUUAUAUGACUUUUUCCAGAGUCUCGGCGAUCCAGAUAUGAAAACGGCCAUCAAAGUUGGCGGUGGUGCAGCUGUGAUGGCUUUCCCGGCAUUCUUGGAUGUCACCCGACCGCUGUUUCAUAAAUACCGAGGCCAGUGGGCAAUUGUUACUUAUGUGAUCGUUAUGGCAUCCACGUUGGGUCAAACCAAUUUUCUCUCCGUCAUGAGAGUAGUAGGGACUUUGCUUGGCUCAGGAUUCGCUAUCUUAGCCUAUCACUUGUUUUGGGAGAAUCCGGUGGUUCUGCCUAUCAUUGGCUUCAUCUUUUCACUGCCUUGUUACUGGCUGAUCGUCACACAGCCGGCAUAUGCAUCCACUGGACGCUUCGUCCUAUUAUCUUACAACCUUGUUUGCGUGUAUUCCUACAACGUUCGCGACGACGAUGUUCAUAUCCUGGUCACUGCCUACCGCAGAGUGGUAUGUGUAUUGGUGGGCGUCGUAUUUGGAUGGAUUGUCAAUAAUUUUGUCUGGCCUUACAAGGCGCGACGUGAACUUCGCACAUGCCUCUCAGAGUUUUUAUUGGAAUCUGCGUUUUUGUAUUCAUUCCUUGUCAAACGAUAUUCCGAAACUCCCGAACCUUUAGAACCUUUAGAACACUCAGAAUCCGAGAGCACUCUUAUUGCUUCGAAAUCCAUCAACGUGGAUGAGUGUGCGCCGCUACUUUUGAAUGACCCAAAGCAAGGUCAUUCAGAUCUCCACAUCUGCGAAUUCUCGAAUAUGGAGCUAUUUCUACAAGUCAAGCUGAACCGACUUCUUGAAUUACUAUCCGCUACCAAACACGAGCCACGAUUGAAAGGUGCCUUCCCAACCGGCCGCUACCAAGCCAUGUUAGCCUCCUGUCAACAACUGCUCGACAUGCUCCACUCUAUGUGGGCCGUCACCAAUCGAGACGCAUGGAGAACUUCAGUUAGACCUCGGUUUGUGUUACCAGCUCAAGCAGAACGUCGAACGAUGGUCGGGAAUGUUCUUUUACUCUUUGGUUUACUUUCUACGGCUAUUGAGUUGAAGAGUCCGAUGCCACCAUUUCUUCCACCUGCAGAACAAGCACGUCAACGACUUUUAAGCCGUGUUCGAGCGAUCUCUGAUAACGAUAAUUCUCAACACGAUUUCUUGUUCUUUGCAUAUGCUGUUGCCAUGAAAAAUGUGAUUAGACAAUUAGAGAAUAUUGCAAAAGAAGCACAAGGUCUUUAUGGAAUUAUUGGAGGGGUUCGAAGUAUUGAAGAAUUCGAAGGUUUCUUUGCUACGCCUUAA